UUAUUUAUGCUUCUAUAAAAUAAAAAGCCCCACACUUAGCUCAUCUAUUCAACCACUCCAAUUCCAAUUCAUAUUUCUCAAUAAAAAAAGUUACGCCUAUAUAAAUAUAUAAAAUCGAAGGACUAUUAAUUAUAUUUCAUAUAUAGAAUUAGAAUGGAUAAUAAAGAAAUGGGUACACCGGGGGAGUACUCAUCAGCGGCGGCGGCGGCGCCACCGUCUCCUUUGGUGCGGCGGUCACCAUGGCAGUCGCCGGUGCCGUACCUGUUCGGAGGACUGUCGGCCAUGCUGGGUCUCAUUGCUUUUGCUCUUCUGGUCUUGGCAUGCUCCUACUGGAAGCUCUCCGCCGCCGGAGAAGUUGAAAACAGGGAUGACGCCACCGUCGAAAGGGAUCUUGAAGGAGGGGAGGCAGGCGGCGCCGCCGCUAAUCCACCACCGGUGGAACUUGAAGAGAAGUAUUUAGUGAUCAUGGCCGGUCAAGAAAAGCCAACUUUCUUGGCAACUCCGAUGUCGAGCAGGGCUUCUUCUUUUGGUAGUAAGAGCUUUGCUCUUACUGAAAAUACUCUUUCGUCGUCGGAGGAAGAUUACAUAUAUUGAAAUUGUUCCGUUAUAUUUUUUUUUGGAAAAUUACAGUCACCCUUCUGAAUUAAUGUUAAAUUACGAACGGAAGGAAUCUAUUUUGUUUGGGUAAUUAGAAUUUACAACGUAACCGCUCAUCAACUGUGUAUUAUAUUACAAAAAAUUUUCUCUUUCAGUAAGUAAAUUUAGCAAUUUUAAAAAAUAAGUGUUUUUUUUUU